AUGAACGGAAACGCAUGUUGUGAUUUAAAUAAAGAUGAAUUACUACAGUGUAGAAUAUGUGCUGAAUAUAUAAGUGAUAAAAAUGAUGUAGUUAAUAUAUUUGAUGAAGAUGCUAAAUGUAAUCAUCUUCAAACAAAGAUACGAAAAUAUCUUUACAUAUUGGUAUCCUCGGAAGAUCGACUCCCGAAAAUUGUGUGCUCGAUGUGUAUCAAGCGACUGGAAAACAUCCAUCACUUUGUUACAUUGGCACGCAGAGCGCAAGAUAAACUUAAAUUGCAGUACUAUGGACGAGAUGACAGCGAUAUUAAACAAAUUAAUGACAAUGAUGAUGGGAAAAGAGAUAAAGGAUUCUUACUUCGAUCUAUUCUUAAUAGGAACGAGAUUGACGAGUCUCACUUGUCAGUACGCCCGAUUGAAGAUGAAUCAAUACUUACUGAAGAAAUGGAAGUUAAAGUUGAUCCGAUGAUUUUUCUUCAGUGUGGCCUAGAUCGUUCUAUCACUCCAGAAUCUGAAUAUAACUCUGAUGAUGAUAAAAGUUAUACAAAAGACAGUUUAAGUGCAAAUGAAGAGCCAAAAAAUUAUUCAUCAAAUUUAAAUGAAGACUCAGAAGAAGACGAUGAACCUGAACCAGAAACAGAAGAUCAAUUGCUAAACAAACAAUUUAAUUGUACACUGUGUUCACGAACAUUUGAAAGCCAAAUGAAUCUACAGAAUCAUCUGUGGUCUCACAUACCCCGCGCGGAGUGUCAUUACGACGAUUCAAAAUCAAUUUCUUCAUUGAACAUCAACAACAACACUCCAAACAACGGGGUACUGAUGCCUAACACUUCUGAUAAUUCAUCAGGCAGCUUUGUCUGUCCAAUUUGUAAUAAAAAUAUCUCAACCAAAGGCAAUCUAAAAGUACACUUAGAAACCCAUCGGCCUAAAGGGAAGUACGGCUGUGAUAUUUGCGGACGGAUCUUCAAGACGCAAUCAAAUCUUUAUCGGCAUAAAGAGUACCACGGCGGUAUCCAAUUUCCGUGCAGUGUUUGUGGAAGAGUUUACCCAACAAAUUCAACGCUGCGUGCUCACAGCAUUACUCACUCAGAUUUACGUCCUCAUGCUUGUCCACUGUGUGAUAAAACUUUUAAGCGCAAUCAGGACUUGAAGUUUCAUAUUAAUCAGCACACUGGAGCGAGACCUUAUCAGUGUCCGUAUUGCCCCAAAGCAUUUGCCAGCUCUGGUAAUUGUUUCUCACAUCGAAAACGCAUGCACCCCAAAGAAGUACAUCGUGAUAGACAACGCGCGGCCGAUCUUAUGAGAUAA